AUGGAUCGUCUGAAACUGAAACGGAAGGCCCUACGAAGCCAACUGACAAGGCUGAUACCAGACAUCGACGCUGCUCUUCAACGUGAUCCGAUCAUCGAACGGGACAUCGAAAUCCUCAGGCAACGAUUGGGUAGUCUGCAUACCCAAAUGACCGAAACAGAUGUCGCCAUCGAGCCUUUCCUGGGGGACGACGCGGAACAAGAAUACACCCGGGCAUUCGAGUACAACGACCGCGCCGUCACCUACCUGGCUCAGUUGGACUACUCAAUCCGGACUCUACAACAACGAACCCCAACCGAAACAACAAACCCUGAAAACAGUGCAAGAAUUGGAGAACCGACGAGUACCUUAAAGGUAAAGCUUCCCAAACUGGAGCUUCUCAAGUUUAACGGCCAACAACGACAAUGGCAACCGUUUUGGGAGCAAUUUCAGCAAGCGGUUCAUCACAACGAGGCACUAACAGCUUGCGACAAGUUCAAUUACUUGAGAACUUCGUUAACGGGAGAAGCCGCUGCAGCCAUCGUCGGACUCCCAUCAACGUCCAUCUGCUACAAGGAUGCAGUAGACAUCCUUAUUAGCCGAUUCGGCAACGAGAAACGGCUCAUACAAGAUCAUAUGGAAAAGCUACUUGACCUUAACCCGGUACCUUCUGCACAAGACGUACGUGGACUUCGAGGUCUUUACGAUAAUGUGCAGGCUCAUGUACGUGGACUCAAGUCUCUCGGGGUGAGUGAAGAAUCUUACUCUUCGAUGCUACAUCAUCUCCUCGUGAGACUCCUUCCUUCAGAGAUAAUGCUUCACUAUAACAGAGAAGCGAUUCGACAGGAAGGGAACGCCCAAGAACAAAAUGAGGAAGGAGCGCGAGCGCGAGUUCCUAGAGAACAGCCUGCAGCGUUAACAUCGUUACUCCAAGCCUUGAAGGUAGAAAUCGAAAGUCGAGAACAAACGUAUACUCCUGCGAGAUUGGAGCACCCUCUGACAAAAAAGACGAAUGCACUGGCAGGAGGUAAAAGGUAUCCUGAUAAGCAGAACAAUUUUAAACCAUCAUCGUCUGCACUACUUCAACAAACGGAUCUCAGAACACCGUGCUUCAUUUGCAAAUCUAAAGAACACAAGACGGAAGAGUGCACCUCGACAGUUUCACUGGAACAAAAGAAGACGAUGCUACAGAAACACGGCAGAUGUUUCCGCUGCACCCUUGUGAACCACAUGUCUAAGAACUGCCGAAGAAGAAUCACAUGUAGGCACUGCCGAGGCCGACACGCUUCCACGAUGUGCGACCCCAAAUUUAAGAACGGCGGACAAAAGAAUGUCGCUGGCACAGCUCCGUUACAGCUAAAAUCAACGACUGAGACUUCGGACCAAAGGGUAGUGCUGUUACAAACGGCCGAAGCGUGGGCCUCUGGAACCAAAAACAAAGCGAUGGCUAGAGUAUUGUUUGACGGCGGUAGCCAGAGAUCCUUUAUAACCGAAAACUUAUCUCGGAGACUGGGCUGCAAGGUUGUGGGAAGCGAACGACUUGCAGUAGGGUAUUUCGGUGGACAUAACCAGGAGAAGAACUUUCGAAGGGUCUUCAUUACUCUGCAAAGCAAACACGAUGGACAUACUUACCACCUUGAGGCUCUUGAAACCAGCAUAAUUUGCGAUCAACGACUGCCACAACCGGAUAACAACGUCAUACAGGAGCUACGUCAGCUGAAUUAUGCGAUCGCGGUUAUCGCUAACGACGAAAAUUCCAACCAUAUUGACAUUUUGAUCGGCGCUGAACAUUAUUGGGAUUUUGUAACUGGACAAGUCACGAAACUCAACGGCAAUAUCAAGGCCAUCGAGACGUCGCUCGGAUGGACUGUGCACGGUCCCAUGAGCCUAAGCUCCACAGUGUUACAACACUCCCAAACGGUCGCACUCAGGACGUCAGCGGUAACGCGGAACACCGAAAACAUUCUACGAAAAUUCUGGGAUCUGGAGGCUAUAGGAGUCAAGCAAGACGAAAGCGAUAGUUCGAACAACUCCGUACUAACGUCCUUCGAAGAAACGAUAACGAGCAACGGAGAACGUUACGAGGUAUCCCUUCCUUGGAAGCCUUUGGUACACCUACUGAACAAUAAGGAAGGUGCUGAAAAACGACUGAUGCAGCUCACCAGAAGGAUGAUCCUCAGCGUGCUGCUCCCAACGGCUGCGCUCGUGCUCAUGCCAACCUUGAGCACGAACACCGCUCAGCUGAAUCGCACGGGCGGUGGGUAUCAAAACCUUCGUGUGGCCAUUGCGGAGAACAUCCCACAUCAUCCGAACCUCCUGGUUAAUCUAAAGGAGGGACACGUCGGUGAGACCACGUUCCGUGGCAGCGUGGACCAGCCUGAGGUCACUGUUCACGACGACUGUGAUCCCCCCGCGUGCAUCCUGCGGACUGGCGUCCGUAAAGAGGGCACGAACGGUAUCGCAGCCUUCAGUAUACGCGCGUCGGAGGUAGCGCGAGCGAUGGUCACGUCGGGCCGAGUGACGGGUAGGAUGCAUAUGGCGGGGAAUAGGAGCCACAAUGAGUUUGGCGCGAGCAGCGGGGGAGAGACCCGCAGAGCUAAAGGAAGCAGGACAGGGUGGGAAACCAAGGGUGGCAAGGAGACUCUGCCCUUGAACCGUCGAGCACAAGCGCAUCAACUGGGCAGCCUCAUGCGCUUCUAUAAGUUCCUCCAGGGUGUUGGUCACACCAAACCGCUCUAG